AAAAUAUUAUGACCUUAUCGAGCGCAUGCGCAGUUUUCUUAUAAUGCAGAAAGACAUGGCAAACAAUAUGUAUCUUUUGCAGCAUCACUUUUACUGAUUUCAAUCGGUCGGAGAAAGUAGGACUCAUGAUUAAGACUUGUCUUUAGAAUCUAAAGAAACGAACUGGGCGAUUUUCAAUUCCAUGAGAAGUCUCCUUAGCAAUGAUGUGUCAGCAAAUCGCCGAUUGCUGCAUCACAACUGAGUGUCAAAAGCCUGUCGACGUCGUUUGCUGUUUUACAACGAGUUCAAGAAUCCAAAAUCAGCACAAAACGUUUUGCAAAGCAAAAAUCAAGGGCAAUAAACGAUCUUGUAAGUAUGUACACUCUGGCCGGAGCUGGUCAUUUGCUUUGCGAUCAAUUGGUGACGUCACGUUUUGCAUGGUUGUUGAUGUUGUUGUUUGCUGUUGCUUUUGGGAACCGGUAGGGAAAGAAACGCAAAUGCAUUUGAGGUUAUUUAGUCUGCCAAGAGUCAAGUUUCUGAUGCCACAACAUGAGAAAGCGAAGAAAGUAUCAAUAUUGGCUAGUAUGGCAACUGAAUCCAGAGCAAAAGCUGCAUCAAAAGGGAAAACUAGAAGAAAAGCCAAGGAUCUAACACAUUGGCCUCAAUUGCCAAAAAUAUCAAAUAAUGCUGUCCCUGUAGAGUGCAAAUCCCUCUUAGUCACAAGGGAUACAUCUAUUACUAACACUUUCACCAAUAUUGAUAAGCAAAGAUCUCAAAAAUGCAAAAAGAAAAAGUACAAAGUUUCAAAGUCAAGCUCUGAAACACUGGUUGCAAGGCUUGGUGCACUAAGCAUAAGUUCAUCCAGCCAAAGGAUUGAUGGCAGUCACAAAGCUGGGAAACGCUUUUUUAGCACCUUUCAUAUUUCAAGUCUUAAAGAAAUUGCAGAGCUGAUUAAAAAUGGGAAAAUUGGAAAUGUCAUUGUCAUGGCAGGGGCUGGAAUUUCAACACCAAGUGGUAUCCCCGAUUUCAGAUCACCUGGAACUGGACUCUACAAUAAUUUGGAUGAAUAUGGUUUGCCAGAUCCUGCUGCAGUUUUUGAUAUAAAUUUCUUUAGUUACAAUCCAAAACCAUUUUUCCAACUUGCAAAGGAGCUUUACCCUGGCAAAUAUAAGCCAAACUUGGUCCACUAUUUCGUGAGGAUGCUACAUGAAAAGAAUUCAUUGAUGAAAAUGUACACUCAGAACAUUGAUGGUCUUGAAAGAGCUGCUGGAAUUCCAGAAGCAAAGUUGAUUGAGGCACAUGGGACAUUUUCAACAGCAACAUGCAGGAGGUGCAAGACUAGGUACAAAGGAGAUGAGAUAUUGGAUGAUGUAAUGAAAACAAAUGUGCCCAAAUGUAGAAGACAUGGUUGCUCAGGAGUGGUCAAACCAGACAUUGUCUUUUUUGGAGAAGACCUUCCGAAAACGUUUUUUGAAUAUCCAAAGCAUUUUGCCAAAUGUGAUUUGUUGAUAGUACUUGGAACGUCACUUGAAGUCGAACCAUUUGCAGGAUUGGUCCAGGAGGUUCGUUCAUAUACCCCAAGGCUGCUGGUUAACCGAGAUGCUGUUGGUCCAUUUGUGCGACGAAAAAGGAGGCCUAAUGAUGUAAUUGUUAAAGGCGACAUUGUAGACGCUGUGAGGAAGUUAAUAGAGCUUCUAGGAUGGUCUAAAGAAGUAGAUCUGUUAAUGAAAGAAGAACUUGAUGAAACACAAUCUGAAAAUAAACCAACAAAAGAAAGUGUUUUCCAUUUAAAAAAAACCAGCAAUGAGACUUCAGAUGUUCCAAAUAUGAAUAAAGAAGAACUGAACUUGUUUAGGUUAGGAAUAACACCAGAGCAUUCAGAAGAAAAUAGCAAAUAGAAUGGAAAGGUACAAUUUCUCUUUGCACUUAAGUUCAUUUUGUAAAUAAAAAUAGGUAUUACUAAUCAUUUUUUAUGUUAGAAAACAUAGUUUUUACUUGCUGUCCUUUCCACUUCUUAUAAAUUUAAAUUAUAACUUAUAGCUUGUCGCAACAAAGCUCUGAAAAUUUACAUCCAAGAUAUAAUAUUUUGAUAUCAGGCU